GAAAAAUGUAAACUCAAGUUUCGUUUUCGUUCCUUGCUGUUAUUGCAUAUGGUCGCGUUAAUCCCUUUUCCCCUUCAGAACGCACUGACUCACAGGGCACAGAAAGACUGCUCUGACCAUCAAGAUUAGCUGAUUAUUGAUACGUUUAGAAGGCGACAAUAAUAACACAUUGACAAUGUUUUCGUGGGGAGAGAACAGCCGUGAUGGCUUCGGUUUAGUAAAGUCGAAUGGUUUGGUAAAGGCGAACACGGAUAGUUGCCUAAAUGUCAUACUCACGAAAUCUCCAAUUGCGCAUCUGUCCGCGGGUAAUAAAGUGGUCGCGUUUAUCAGGAGUAAUGGGAAAGUGUCAUUCGCUUGCAGGAUACACGAGUAUAAAGAUGGGAAAAGGGUCACAUGGAAACUGAAGGGUGUGGAGUGCAGGGAGAAGAUUCUGGCUCUGAGUUGCGGAGAUGCCCAUGUUGUUUUACUGUCUGAGGAGGGCAGAGUUUUUUGUCUUACCUCUGCCUCCAAUGAUCCCAGACCAGUGGGUAACUUGAAUCAGGUAAUUCAAGUUGCAUGUGGAGACCACCAUUCCAUUGCACUAACCCAAGAUGGUAAAGUGUUCACGUGGGGCCAGAACUCCAGGGGACAGCUGGGUUUGGGGAAGGGAGAGCCCAGCACCUCGUCUCCCCAGCCUGUCAAGUCUCUGUCAGGGAUCCCCCUGGCUCAGAUCACCGCUGGGGGAGACCACAGCUUCGCCCUGUCCCUCUCUGGAGCUGUGUUCGGCUGGGGCAAGAACAGCGCCGGGCAGCUGGGACUGGGGGACACAAUAGACAGACCUGCUCCAGCUCCUGUUGAUUGCCUGAAUCUAAAGAAGACCGUUGCUGUUUCCUGUGGAGGGGAGCAUACUGCUGUUCUGACAAAGGGAGGUUUCGUGUUCACAUUUGGCUCGGGUCGAUAUGGACAGCUUGGACACAACACUCUCAGAAAUGAACUACGACCUCGACUGGUGGCCGAACUGGGGGCAAAGGUGACCCAGAUAGCCUGUGGAAGAAACCACACAUUGGCGUUUGUGGGCUCCUUCAAAAAGAUCUACUCAUUUGGGCGUGGAGAGCAAGGGCAGCUGGGAAAUGGAGUCAAGAUGGAUCAGUCUGUGCCUCUGCCAGUACAGCUACCACAGGACCACAUUGAUGACCAGCAAAUUGAACAAACCUUUGCUGGAGGAAACCAUUCUUUUGCCGUGUGCAGUUCCGCUAAGGAAUCAGGAAAAGGGAUGAAUGACUCCCGUGUUGAAAAAAUUAUUCAAACAUUAGACAAUGACGUCAUUGACAGAUGGAUCUUGCAAUGCGACUCAAAAUCAUGGGAGAAAAUACAGAAGGAAAUCACAAAAACGUUCUCUUCUGCAUCAUGUUUAAAUGGGAGCUUCCUGGACAAAAGUCAUGAUAAACACUACCAAACCUCAAUGAAGCACUCUGGCCUGGACUUGUCACUCGCCCGAAUGGCUUUUCAAAGGCUUGCAGAAAAGGACAAAGUUCUGGCUGAGGUUGAAGAUGUUGUCCAUCGCAUUCUCCUUCCCUCCCUGAGUAAGGAUCCCAUUGGGGUGGAGGGUCUGAGGGUGUACCUCAUCAUCCCUGAGCUCCUGAGGGUUCUCCUAAAACAACAACGUGGCAUAGACAUUACUGAGGCCUUCGCUGCUGCCAUCCUCAGACUGAACGCAGACAAGCUCCAGGUCCUUGAGGGCCUAUGGUCGACACUGUCAGAUUCCUUCUUCCGAACCGUGGUGAAAGCAUUCCACUCCGUGUCUGCAGAGUACCUUCAGCAGAUGGCAGUCAAACGAUGUGAUCAUAGAAAAUCAUUAAAGAAGACUUUUGGGGUUCUGAAAAGGCUUUAUGAUGCGAACAGCAAGAGAUACAGAAGAAUUACAGUUGACACUUUCCAUAUCAACAAAAUUAGUUCUCUCUUUCAGUCUAAGCUGGUACAAGACUUAAAUUCAGAACUGAGAGAGCUGGGCUGGGAUAUCUCAGGAGAGGAUGACACAUAUUGGAUUGAAAGUGAGAUGAUAUUGAGCAAAAUAGAAUGUUAUAAGGAUAACAUAUUAUGCCUCCUGAAGGACUACCCCUGUAUCCUGGACACUGAAGCCAAAUGUACAGUGUGGAUGUAUGAAUUUGAUCAGAUCAAAGAUUGUCAUGAGGACAUCGAAUACGGUUGGUUUUGUGACGACACCCUAAAGGUGGCUCGGGAAACACUUCUGGAUGAUACCUUUCAGCAACUGCGAAAAAUGAUUUGCCACAUGGUGGCUUUAAAGGUGACGUUUCAAGCAGAGAAUGGUGUGGAUGAAGGUGGUGUUUCACUGGAAUUCUUCAGCCUCCUGGGGAGGGAACUUCUCACAAUGCAACCAAAGACACUGGAGGUUUACGAGUCUGGACUAGCAUGGCUCACAACAGAUGACGGCGGUAUCACUGAUGAAUUCUACUUACUUGGGCUGCUCUGUGGGAAGGCACUGUAUAAUCAGUGUGUUCUGAACCUCUGCUUCCCUCUGGCUCUCUUCAAGAAGCUUCUGGGUCUGACUCCAACAUUGGAUGACCUUAAAGAGCUGUCUCCAACUGAAGCAAGGAAGAAAUAUGUUGACUUUUAUGUUGACAUGAAGCUCAACAAGUCGGUGCAGAUUCAGUUUGCAGACUUUGAGAGAGGCUUCCACAAAGGCUGCCCUACACAGGCAUGGAGGAUGUUUCUACCUGAGGAGCUGAUGACACUUCUACAAGGAGAUGACAACUACGAGUGGGACAAGUUGAGAGAGAAUGCCAACUAUCAAGGAUAUAGGCCCACAGAUGACAUCAUCCAGAACUUCUGGAGGGUUUUCACAGAGUUCUCAGAGGAGGAAAAGAAGAAGUUCUUAACCCCAGUGGAGGGUCUGGGGGCAGUGGUCUCUGUGUCUUGUGGUCAGGACCACUCUGUUGCUGUGUGCGCGUCAGGACAGGUGUACUCCUGGGGGGCAGGGGGUGAGGGACAGUUGGGCAUCGCACCUACUACUGUCUCCAAAGUCCCCAGGCCAAGGAGGACAGGUGUUCUCAUGGGGUCUGAACAGCCAUGGACAGCUGGGCCUGGGGAAGCGAGUCUCUCUGCAGCCGAUACCUGCUCUGGUGCGCUCCCUCACAGGGGUCCCAGUGACCCAGGUAGCAGCCGGAGGACCCACACUCUGGCCCUCACCCUCCCAGGCCUGGUCUACUGCUGUGGGGCGAACAGGGCUGGGCAGCUGGGACUCAACCGUGUGGAUGAGAAAGGCCGGUUCAACAUCUGUUCUGUGCCUGCUCUCAGAGUCUUGGGAGUUUCCUUCAUCAGCUGUGGAGAGGCACAUUCUGCUGUUCUCACCAAGGGUGGACAGGUGUUCACCUUUGGAGAGGGAAGCCGAGGCCAGCUUGGGCACAACGCAUCAGCUAACGAACUCCUACCCAAACUGGUAGAGGGUAUGGAUGGACUGGCCUCACAGAUAGCAUGUGGCAGCCAUCACACCCUGGUGCUGGGGUCCUCAGGUCAACUCUGGGCCUUUGGCAGUGGGGUCAAAGGUCAGCUAGGGACUGGCGUUACGGAGGGCUGCUUGCGACCCACCUCAGUGCUGCUGAAAAGGGAUUCUGGUGGGGCAGCAACAGUCAUACACAACGACAUGAAGAUAUCAGUGGGAUGGAAUUCAAACUUCAUUUACACUGCUGAGAGUUCUGAAAGAGAACCGCCAAUCGGGAGGUUAGAUAAAGCCAAGCUGCAAAAAUGGCUGUCGAUGGAGCAAGGAAAUUCAGAGGCGCAAAGAGAAAUAUCCUUGAUGUUCUCAACAAGUUCAAGUCUGGUGGCCAAUUUCACCAAAACCAGUGAGAUUCCACAAGCAGCCGGAGCUUUGACAGUGGACCUAGAAGCUGCUAGCCAGGUUUUCGACCAGCUACUGAACAUACCUUGGAUUAGGAAAUCAAUAAAUAUUGAGCCACUGGUGGACAAUAUUUGCAGUUCAGCAGCUGUCAUCAAGUCACCAGAGAUCUUUAUGCUACUACCCACAAUCUCUCUUCUCCAUGAGGACCUCAGCGUCAUGAAGAUGGUCUUGGCUUUAUCUAUAGUUAUCGUUGAACAUCUGAAUGACACGGCCAUAAAAACAUUAAAAGAGUGGUGGUCCUCAAUGGAGACAAACAUCAUGACUAAGCACAUUCUGAUGUGGAAGAAUGCCCUGUCAUUCAUGCUGAGGAACGGUCUUCUGGCUACUCACAACCCCGGUGUCAAAUUCCUGCUGGAAGCCCUCAAGUACCUCCACAGAGCAAACAAAAGGGCCGGAAGAACCCAGGAAGUUCCCGCCAGUACCUUUUAUGUGGAAGAGAUCAACAAUAGUGUUCUUCUAUUGGAGGAUGUGAAUCUUUGGCGCUUUUGGUCAACAAGGGAGGACACAGAGGUGACACCAGUCAUCUUUUGCCGUUACCCAUUUGUGUUGAGUCUGAUCUGCAAGAUGGCGAUUUUCAACAGCAAUGCACUUUUUACUAAGGAGAUUCACAAACUCGCGCACCGGCUGACGGUGAUGUGUCCUUCUGGAACGUUCCCAGACAACCCAGAAUCUCCCCCUGCUCCAGUCUUCCAGUUGACCUUAAGGCGCCCGUCACUCAUCGAAGACACCUUCAGACAACUGGGUGCUGCAGAUCAUGACUACUUCCAGAGAGAACUUGUGGUGCGGUUUGUGGAGGACAUGAAGCUGUCGCUCGUCAACAAAAGGGACUUCUUCCUCCAUGUGUUUGAAGAGCUGUUGGCACCAGAGUCUGAGAUGUUCAUGUACAAUGACACCAAGACACUGGUCUGGUUCCCUGCCAAGCCCAGAGUGGAGGAGAAGAGCUACUUCCUGUUUGGUGUCUUGUGUGGCAUGGCCCUGUACAACCACAACAUUGUACACCUGCCCUUCCCUCUGGCCCUGUUCAAGAAGAUGGUGGGGGUCAAGCCCUCACUGGAGGACCUGAGAGAGUUUGACCCUGUUGUGGGAGGGAGUUUGCGGUACCUCUUGGAGGACUACACUGAUGAUGAUGUUGAAGAAAACCUGGACAUGACCUUCACCGUGAUCUGGGAUGACCAGAAGGUGGAGCUGGAUCCCAAAGAAACAGGAAAACCAGUCACAAGUUUUAACAAGAAGCAGUUUGUUGAUGCCUAUGUGAACCUUGCCUUCAACCAAUCAGCGGAGAAGGUGUUUGAAGAGUUCAGGAGAGGCUUCUUCAAGGUGUGUGACAGGGACGUGGUGGAGUUGUUCCAGCCUGAGGAGCUCAGGGGAGUCAUGGUGGGGAAAGAGGACUACGACUGGGACACGCUCAAACAGAACACUGUGUAUGAUGGAGAGUAUCAUGCCAGACAUCCCAACAUCAUCACAUUCUGGGAGGCUUUUGAGGAACUGACAGAUGACCAAAAGAAAGCUUUCCUCCUGUUCUUGACGGGCUGUGAUCGCGCUCCCAUCCUGGGCAUGGACAAGAUUCAGAUGAAGGUAGCGAUCCUGCAGAACUCUACUGAACUACAUUUCCCAGAAUCCCUUACCUGCCACUUCCUACUGCUGCUGCCUAUCUACCCCUCCAAGGAGAUGCUGCUGGCCAGGCUCAAAGAGGCAGUGGCCCACAACAGAGGCUUCUGGAAGGAGUAAUGGACACUAUAUAUAGGCUACUGCUGUGUUCAUCAUUUCAUUCAAUGUGUUUCUUACAUGUCAAUAUAUCACUUCAGUUCAGCAUAGGAUUUUGGUUAUAGCCUCUUUCUCGUUUCCGAUUUGCCUGUUUUUUUUCAAACUUUUACAUUUAGCCUUUUACCUUGGCUUUUUCUAUUGAAAAUGUGAAAAUGGCAAAUCUAGGAUAUGUAGGCCUACCCUAUUAUAGAAAAAACAUUAAUUGACUUAAUGUCUACUAAUUCUGGGUGUGAUUUUUAAAAAUAACAUUCUUAUUCAGUAAUAUACAUUCAGUAAUAUACAUUCAAGAGCCUAUUUAUUUAUGCAUGUUUUCUUUAUUGAUAGUGUGUGACAUUUGAUGUAAUUCUACAUGUGAACAUCCUUUUUUUCUGGACACGUCUGCAUCAUCUUUUAACAUAUAUGUCUGUAUCUUGUGUUUUAUUGACGGAAUAAUUCUGUCUGUAUCUAAUAAAUAGAGAUGAUUAGUUCA